CUUUAAACUAAAGAAGAAGAGCGAUAUCCCAGCGUGCACCACUGCCGCUGUGUCCGACGUUACCAAACAAAACAGCUUGUAUAGCCUACAGUAACUGAUUUUUCCGGCAGUGAGUCACACAGAGACAGCAGGCAUAUAAGUUACUGCGUCUCCUUCUCCCUCUCCAGGAUGAGCUCCAUGCGGACCCUCCUGAGCUCCGGUGCGAUGGUCGCUGCGCUGGGGCUCGGCUAUGGGAUGUGGUCCAUUAUAUCUCCAGGAGAGGACAGGCGGAGAGAGCUCGUCAAGAAUCUGCCUGAAGCAAACCCAAUGAGGAUGGAAGAGACGAGGAAGAGGAACGCUCUGGUGAUGCAGGCGAUCAAGGAGGCUGCUGAGACUAACGACAACAUUGCAAAAGGCUACGGAGGACCUUCAAAAUAGACAGGAUAGGCUCUGGGACCUGUGAGCAAAGUCCUUGUGCAUUGAAUGCUGCUGGCAUGCAGGAAGGACCUGUUCAAAUGAAGCCGGACAUUAUAUUAUUCCACAGGGAAAUUGUUGUCUAGUUUUCAGCUUUAAUGUCUUCAUUGUAUGUGAACACAAUGAACCACUGGAUGUUAACAUUGUAUAUUAAAUCUCUUCAACACAA